GGGCCACCUUCAGGGCGGGACGGCUCCGGGCUCUCGCUGGUCGCGCUCAGCCCACGGCUGGCGCUGUUUUUUACUUUUGAUGUGGCAGCCGCUCGGCGAGCUGUGCGCCUGUCACCGUCUGUCCUUCGGCGGGAGGAAAACGCGUCCCAGGACCGGGGGAACGGGAACGGGGAGGAGGCGGUGCUGAGGUUUGUGACUGUUCUGAGGCACCGUAGGGGGCGUCCGGUGCGUCCUUGGUAACCGUUCGCGCGGGUGCUCCGAGUCCCACCCACAGGUGCUCGUGGUUGGCCCACAUUACCUGUCAAUCGUGACAAGUUGCUCUUCGAUUGGCCCGUGGGCUAGAAGCGCGAAUUGGUCCUCCCCACCUUGCGGAGCGAGCUCUGCGCUGCGACCCUCCGCAGCUACAGUAGGGGCUUGGAAUCUGGCCUGCCUGCUCUCCAUGGAAGACCCAGGUCCCCCACCUGUGGGUGAGGCUGGCAGAUGCCUGUUGGGCAGUGUCUCUGCAUCCACGCCUGCCAUGGGUCCAACAGCACAGGAUGCAUCCACGCCCAGCAAGCUGCUCUCAGCCCGCAGACACCUGAGCAGGAAGAAUGGACUCUCUAAGCUCUGCCAGAGCAGGAUGGCGCUCUCAGAAGACAGAUGGAGCUCUUACUGCCUUUCUUCCCUGGCUGCCCAGAACAUAUGUACCAGUAAGCUGCGCUACCCGACAGCACCCGAGCACGUGGACCUGGCUGCACCCUUGGGCAGCGCCUCCUGCUGCUCCCUGCUGCGAGGCUUGUCUUCGGGAUGCUCGGUGCCCCUGUUCCCGGCCCCAGUGUACAACCCCAACAAGGCCAUCUUCACUGUGGAUGCCAAGACCACAGAGAUCCUGGUUGCCAAUGACAAAGCUUGCGGGCUUCUGGGGUACAGCAGCCAUGACCUGAUCGGCCAGAAGCUGGUGCAUUUCUUCCUGCAGCCAGACUCCGAGGUUGCAGAAGCGCUCAGUGAAGAGCACGUGGAGGCCGAUGGCCAUGCUGCAGUGGUGUUUGGCACAGUGGUGGACAUUGUCAGCCACGGUGGGGAGAAGAUUCCCGUCUCUGUGUGGAUGAAGAGGGUGCGGCAGGAACGCGGCCUGUGCUGUGUGGUGGUCCUGGAGCCUGUUGAGAGGAUCUCAGCCUGGGUCACCUUCCAGAGUGAGGGAGCUAUCACAUCCUGCGAUGAGAUCUUUGCUCAGCUCCAUGGAUUCUCGUCGGGGGAAGACAUGAUCGGGCAGCUCAUCACAGACCUGAUUCCAUCCAUGCGGCUCCCUCCUCCUGGCCAGCCUGUCCCGGAGAACCUGGAGAUUCAGAGGUCUGUGGGGAGAGCCAAGGAUGGCAGCACCUUCCCUCUGAGCCUGAAGCUGAAGCCCAAGCGUGGCGAGGAGGCAGUGGCCAAGGGGAAGGCAGCUCUUGAGCAGGGCUAUUGGGCAUCCGUGUGGGUGUUCUGCACCAUCAGCGGCCUCAUCACGCUCCUGCCGGAUGGUACCAUCUAUGGCAUCAAUCACAGCUUUGCACUGAUGUUGUUUGGCUAUGAAAAAGCUGAGCUCCUGGGCAAGAACAUCACCAUCCUGAUUCCUGGCUUCUACCACUACAUGGACCUCACCUACGACAGUUCUUUAUGGCAGCCUGACCUCACUCACUGCCUGGACCCCGGCAGCGAGAGUGGACACAGGGAAAUGACCUCAGACCCCUCCCAGGAUCCAAAGGUUGAUCCAGUGGUCAUUGGUGAUCCUGUGCCACAAGACGAAGCGCGGAAGCUGGUGGGAAGCCAAGAAGUCUCUGCCAGGAUGCAGAUUCAGCUAGAAUCUGGACACUGCCUCCCAGCUGCCUGCCCCCCAAGAUUGUCCCCAGGGGCAGACAGUGUCCCGGAGGGGCACCCACUGGCCCAGGACAAACGCUCAUUACCUACAGACCAGCAGAGUAUCCCAGAGGGGCAUGUGCCAGCCCAUGAGAAGCAGUCACCGUCUGAGAACCAGCAGGAUAUCUCAGAGGAAAGCCCACCCACCUGUGGAGAGUGGGUGUUGCCCAAGGACCCUCAGGACAGCCCAAAGGGAAGCCCUCCAGCCUGUGGUGUGGGGUCCCUGCUCAGGGACCAGCAGGUCACUGCUUUGGGGAGGGUGGAGCCUGCAAUAGCACAGACCUACAUGCAGGAUCUUCUGGGAGAAAGCAGGUCUGAGCCAGCAGAUGUAAAACCUUUUGUUUCCCAUGAAGACUCUGGUUCUCCAGUCCCCCCUGAGCACAGGAACAGUGAUGUUGGAAUAUGGGGCCUCCAUCAGGAGGCUCAGUGGGCUCUAAGAGAUACCAGCAGUACCAGUCCUCAGGCUGGUGCCACCAGGCCUGAGCUCCAUGCUGCAGGGCAUCCAGCAGGAGGGGCCCCCCUGACCUACUGCCCCCAUUACAGGAGUGAGUGGCUCUUACAGCCACUGAGCCCAGACUCAGUGCCCAGCCCCUCAGGGGCAGCCUGUGUCUCUCUUGGGACACCCACUCUUGAUGAGCCCUGGCCAGGAGGAAGAGCCAGUCAUGAGGAGCUGCAGAUGUGCUUGGUUAAGGAGCCGCUGUCCAGGCUGAGUUCUGAGAGAGCUCUGGGCAUCUCCCACCUGGAACCUGUCCCCGCAGGGCACCGACCUUACACCGCCUCCCAGACCAGCAGCCUGGGUGGCAGGGACCUGUGUGGCAGCCACCUGGGCAGCUCCUCUGCCUGCUAUGCCUUGGCCACCGACCUCCCUGGUGUCCUCGAGGCGGCAGAAGCCUGGGAGACUGCUGUCAGUUCCUGCUCCUGGAACCUUAGGGAGCUCCUUCUCAGUGAUGACACAGAUGGAACUUCCUCCAGUUGUUCCUGCGCCACAUCUGAACUUGGGGCGACACCCUCUCCUUCAGCAGUGAGCUCUGAUUUUGAUGUGGGUAUGCUCCAGACACAGAGGCCAGGUGCUGUGGGUGAUAGAGAGCGGUCACUACUGACCGGCACCUAUUUCGACCUUGGGGAAGGCCGAGGGUCCCAGGAGAGCUGCCUGGAGCAUGACCCAACAGAACUGCCUCAGAUGUACUUGUCUUCUGAACAUUAUGAGGCUGGUAACACAGAAGGCCCAGAAUGUGUCCUUCCCACUGUGGGUGCCUGCCGGGAGGAUGCACGGCCGUCUGCGGAGGACCCAAGGCUGAGUGCCUGGGUCACUUCUACCCCUGUGACGCCUGGGGCUGCUAGCCCAUGUCAGGAGAUCCAGGAGGGCACCUACUCUGGGAGCUGCUAUCACCGAGAUGGCUUGCGGCUGAGCAUACACUUUGAGGUGAAGCGGGUGGAGCUCCAGGGCUCCUCGAGCCUGUUCUGCUGCUGGCUGGUGAAGGACCUGCUGCACAGCCACCGAGACUCAGCCACCAGGACCCGCCUGCUUCUUACCAGCCUGCCUAGUUCCACCCACUCCAUGCCUGAGCCCCCAGGAUCUGGGCUCGGGGAGGUGGGUGUCAGGUCACUCAGGCCGUGUCUCUGUGUCCCCAGUGCACCAAUGCCCGCGGAGCUGGAGGGGCUGGCCGCGUGUGAGGGCAAGUACUCACACAAGUACAGCACCGUGCGCCCCCUCGGUAGCGGAGCCUUUGGCUUCGUAUGGAUUGCUGUGGACAAGGAGCAAAACAAGGAGGUGGUGGUGAAGUUUAUUAAGAAGGAGAAAGUGUUGGAGGAUUGUUGGGUUGAGGACCCUAGACUUGGAAAAGUCACUUUAGAGAUUGCAAUUCUGUCUAGUGUGCAGCAUUCCAACAUCAUCAAGAUAGUAGAUGUGUUUGAAAACCAAGGGUUCUUCCAGCUGGUGAUGGAGAAGCAUGGCUCUGGCCUGGACCUCUUUGCUUUCAUUGACCAGCACCCCAGCCUGGAUGAGCCCCUGGCCAGCUACAUUUUCCGGCAGCUGGUGUCGGCAGUGGGGUACCUGCGCUCAAAAGGUAUCAUUCAUCGGGACAUCAAGGACGAGAACAUUGUGAUUGCAGAGGACUUCACCAUCAAGCUGAUCGACUUCGGCUCAGCUGCCUACUUGGAAAGGGGCAAACUGUUUUACACUUUCUGUGGGACGAUUGAGUACUGCGCCCCCGAAGUUCUCAUGGGGAACCCCUAUAGAGGGCCAGAGCUGGAGAUGUGGUCUCUGGGUGUUACACUCUACACCCUGAUCUUUGAGGAGAACCCCUUUUGUGAGGUGGAGGAGACCAUGGAUGCCAUCAUCAGUCCCCCGUAUCUCGUGUCCCAAGAACUCAUGAGCCUCAUUUCUGGGCUGUUGCAGCCUGCCCCUGAGAAGCGCACCACCUUGGAGAAGCUGGUUACAGACCCAUGGGUGACGCAGCCUGUGCACCUUGCUGACUACACCUGGGAGGAGGUGUGCAGGACCAACAAGCCAGAGACCAGCCUGCGGUCUGCUGCCAGUCUGGAGCACCGGACAGGCAGCAGGAGCCCGAGUGAAGCAGCCCAGGGGGAGGCUCCGGGGGCCUUCUACCCCGCAGAGGCUCCCAGCAGCCAGCACGGCACCAGUCCUGAGGACCCGGUUCCACUGGCCAGCUGAACGCAGGCUUCCUAUGCUCAUCUGCACUCAUUUUGGAAAAUCGUGAACUUGGGGUCACUUCCACUUGGAGAAAGUAAAUUCUCAAGAACUAAUCCAGUUCUGUGUCUAUCCACACAGGUGCAAGUGUGAUAGGUCUAGAGCAAAAAAGCCAGUGA